AUGUUAAUUGCAAGAGUACGGCAUUCCAAAUGUUUUGUACGUGUUCAGGUGGGCAGUUCCAAUGGCAAUGGGCAUUGCAAGUUGGUCUCAAAUGUGAUUGCUUUUGAGAAUCCAAUUCCAAAAAUAUAUGAUGUACUACCACCUCCUAGAGAUGAAAUAGAUGAGGUGCUUGCAGUCAUGUUUUCAGGUAGCUGUAAACCUACUGAUGAUGAUUAUAAGAGGUCAUUAUUGUUUGUACGACGUAAUGUGGUAGCAAAUGCUCUCCAAUUUCUUAUACUCAACAGUUCUGAGUAUGAGGAUGUUACAUUCUCAGAAGAGAAUCUUGCUACUUAUUCAGAGUUAAAUCCCAUUGUUUCUGUUGAAUAUUUCAAGAAAGGAAGCAAUAGAAAUGCUGCAGGUGUCAGUAUUCAUGAUGAUCUUGAAGACGAUGGUUUAGAUGAUAAUGGAGAUUGUUUAUUUACUGUACAUGGCAUUGUAGGUGAAGAUAUUAACCAUAAAACUGCUGCUCAGCUUAGAGCCUUAGCAAUUAAACAUUUAGAUGAAGAAGGAAAGUUUAUGCGCACUACUCAUGCUGCUCAACCUGAAAGUAUCUGGAAUAAUCCUCAUUUAUAUCCAAAAAUGUUU